UUAACUUUUUUGUUGUUUUUUUUUUUUUUUUUUCUCUCUUUUUCCCCUCUCCACGCUGUUCUUUCGGGGAUCCGCACGCAUUUUUUUUUGGGCGCAAAUAUAAAGAUUUCGGCUCUCGCCGCGCCAUCCUCGCGGACUGGGCGCUCCGGGGGAGGGAGAGGAAGAGGGGAGGGCGAGGAGGAGGAGGAGGAGAGCGGGGGGGACCGCACGUUUAUUUAUUUGUGAAGCUCGCAGCGCGCCGGGAGAAGGCUCCUUUCGGCAGAUAUUAUACAUUUGGUUAAGGGGGUGCCUUUCUGCUGUUUAAAAGGGAGGGAAGAAGGGGGGGGACGGUUUGUUCUUGGGGGUCCCUGGUGCAAUCUCGGCUCCUCAUGGGUGCUGUUUUGCAACCUCAGGCGCCUGCUAUUGGUCAGCCCGCGAUCAGAUGGUUGUAUUUCCUUGUGUCCCUCGCUGGCACCGCGCCAUCUCCCUUCAGCUAAAACCCAAUCUCCGAUAUACCACUAAUAGCUAAACCACUUGGACUAUAAAACACAACAAAUCAUAAAGCCCGGGCUUAAAAAGGACGGCACACGCGCGCACACACACACACACACGAGGAUUUAAAAAAAAAAAAAAAAGGGGGAAUCUUUCUCUCUCUCUCUCUCCUUUCCGAUGAGUUCUUAUUUUGUCAACUCGACCUUCCCGGUGAGCCUGGCGGCGGGGCAGGAGCCCUUCCUGGGACAGCUCCCGCUGUACCCCUCGGGCUACGCGGAUCCUCUGAGGCACUACCCCGGCACCUACGCGGCCGCGCAGGACAAGGGCUACUCCUCCUCUCCUUACUACCAGCAGAGCACAGCAGCGUUCGGCGGCCGCGGCGGCUCCGCCUGUGACUAUGGGCCCGGCGGCUUUUUCAGGGACAAGGAGCCUGCGUGCGCCCCUCCCAGCCUGGACGAGGUGCCCUCCUUCGGCGCCGAGCCGCGCAAGGCGGACUGCGCGCAGGGCAAAAGCGCCUUCGGAGAGAGCGAGGAGCAAAAGUGUUCCGCGCCGGUUUACCCCUGGAUGCAGCGGAUGAACUCUUGCAAUAGUUCUUCCUUCGGGCCCAGCGGCCGGCGGGGCCGGCAGACCUACACCCGCUACCAGACCCUGGAGCUGGAGAAGGAAUUCCACUUCAACCGCUACCUGACCCGGCGGCGCCGCAUCGAGAUCGCGCACUCGCUGUGCCUGAGCGAGCGCCAGAUCAAGAUCUGGUUCCAGAACCGCCGCAUGAAGUGGAAGAAGGAGAACAAACUGCUCAGCUCCUCGCAGCUCAGCGCCGAGGAGGAGGAGGAGAAGGCGGCCGAGUGAUCCCGCCAGAAAAGCAACAAAAAAACCGACGACAAUAACAAAAAAAAACAACAACAACAACAAAAAAAACCACCAC